UUAUUCCUUCAAGAAGACGAAACCUUGAAGGAGUUCCGAGUCUCUUUGAUAACCUUAUUUUCUCUCCCAAAAGAACUAACUCCAAAACGCGCGCUUACAAUCGCUAGGGUUUUCGGGUUCAGUGGAAGAAGGAAAGAGCUCUGCACUCUCCCGAAACUGUCCUUUGGCGCUCUCUCUCUCUCUCUCUCUCUCUCUCUCUCUCUCUUCUAGGGUUUCUGAUUUCAGAGUCUUCCUCUGAUCGUAGAGCUUGGGGAUGGCGACCGCUUCAGUUGCAUUUAAGUCUAGGGAGGACCAUCGGAAGCAAAUUGAAUUGGAAGAAGCGCGUAAAGCUGGGCUUGCACCUGCUGAGGUUGACGAGGAUGGAAAAGAGAUCAACCCUCAUAUUCCCCAGUAUAUGUCAUCUGCACCUUGGUAUCUCAAUGCUGAAAGGCCUAGUUUAAAACAUCAAAGGAAGUGGAAAUCAGAUCCGAAUUACACAAAAUCAUGGUAUGACAGAGGUGCAAAGAUUUACCAAGCUGACAAGUACAGGAAGGGUGCAUGUGAAAAUUGUGGAGCUAUGACACACGAUUCAAAUUCAUGCAUGGAUAGACCCCGGAAAGUGGGAGCAAAAUGGACGAACAAACACAUUGCCCCUGAUGAAAAAAUAGAGACAUUUGAGCUUGACUAUGAUGGUAAACGGGACCGGUGGAAUGGCUAUGAUGCAUCCACCUAUGCCUAUGUCAUUGAGAGAUAUGAAGCAAGAGAUGGAGCUCGAAGGAAAUUCCUCAAAGUCCAACAACUUAAGAAACUUGAGGAGAACAAUAACCAAAAUGAUGAGGCUGGGGUAAGUGAUGACGAUAAAGAAGAAGAUGGUCUAACGGUAGAUGAAUCCAAGGUUGAUGAAAGCAAACAAAUGGACUUUGCAAAGGUUGAAAAGCGUGUACGUACAACAGGUGGUGGAAGCACUGGAACUGUGAGGAACUUGCGUAUUCGGGAGGACACAGCAAAAUAUCUUUUAAAUCUUGAUGUCAGCUCUGCACAUUAUGAUCCCAAAACCCGGUCCAUGCGUGAAGAUCCUUUGCCAGAUGCAGAUCCUAAUGAGAAGUUCUAUGGGGGAGAUAAUCACCAUAGAGAUAGUGGUGAAGCUUUGGAAUUUAAGCAACUUGACAUCCAUGCUUGUAAAGCAUUUGACAAGGGACAAGACAUUCACAUGCAAGCUACUCCAUCCCAAGCCGAGUUGCUUUAUAAGAAUUAUAAGGUCAUCAAGGAGAAAUUGAAAUUCCAAACGAAGGACACCAUCUUGGAGAAGUAUGGCAAUGCAGCUGGUGACGAAGAACUUCCAAUGGAGCACCUUCUUGGAUCUCCGCGCUUAAGCCCAUAUUUUAACGGCCUACUUCAGGCAAAUUAGCAAAAUGUGAAAUGAGUUUUGUUGGACAUGCAGCGGAGGAGAGAGAUUCAAAUGUUUGGUUUAGUCCAACAAAACCCGUCCUUUAAACAGUUGGGCCUUUAGCUAGGCCCAUUGGACCUUACGAUAUUCUCGGUAUUACUUUGGAGUUAGACUAUUUGAUGUAAUACAUUCUUUAGAGUUUUGCAUUCUUUUAUGCAUUUUUUUUUUUUAA